AUGGCGUCCGAGUUAGAGGAGGAUCUGAGCUGUCCGGUCUGCCUGGACAUCUUUAAAGAUCCCGUCAUCCUGUCCUGCAGCCACAGCUUCUGUAGAGAGUGUGUGGAGAAGAGCUGGAAGGAGAAGGAGGACAAGGAGUGUCCCAUCUGUAAGAAGAGACACUCAAAGGAUUUUAAUCCUACCUUUGCUUUAAAGAAUCUGUGUGAGACUUUUCUACAGGAGACAAAACAGAGAGCUUCAGAGGAUCUCUGCAGUCUGCAUCAGGAGACGCUCAAACUCUUCUGUCUGGACCAUCAGGAGCCGGUGUGUCUCGUCUGCAGAGAUUCAGAAAAACAUGCCGAGCACCGAUUCAGACCCAUCGAUGAAGCUGCAGAAGAACACAAGAAGAUCCUUGAGGAAACUCUGCAGCCCUUAAAGAAGAAGUUAGAGGCUCUUAAAGACAUUAAAAUGGAGUUUGAUCAAACAGAAGCUCACAUGGAGGUCCAGGCCCGACACACAGAGAGGCAGAUUAAGGAGCAGUUUAAGAAGCUUCAUCAGUUUCUAGCAGAGGAAGAGGAGGCCAGGCUGCGUGCACUGAGGGAGGAAGAGGAGCAGAAGAGACAGAGGAUGAAGGAGCAGAUGGAGGCUCUGAGAGCACAGAUAGCAGAUCUUUCACAGACAGUCAGAGCCACAGAGGACCAGCUGACGGCCCAAGACGUCUCCUUCCUGAAAAACUACAAGGCUGCAGUGGGGAGAAUCCAGCAGCGCCCCCUGCUGGAGGAGCCACAGCUGCCCUCAGGAGCUCUGAUAGACCAGGCCAAACACCUGGGCAACCUGGGCUUCAAGAUCUGGACCAAGAUGAAGGACGUGGUCUCCUACACACCCAUCAUUCUAGACCCAAACACUGCUCACCCAGGACUCAUCCUGUCUGAUGAUCUGACCACUGUGAGAGGAGGAGAGAGACAGCAGCUUCCUGAUAAUCCAGAGAGGUUUGGUUACUGCUCUGUCCUGGGCUCUGAGGGCUUUAACUCAGGGACUCACAGCUGGGACGUCGAGGUCAAAAACAAUAGAUGGUGGACCCUGGGAGUGUUACCAGAGUCUGCUGAGAGGAAGGGAAACAUAAGGUCUAGAGUUUGGGCAGUACGGUUCGUUUGUGGUAAACACAGAACACGCUCACCAUCACAUCCAGACACUGUUCUCUCAGUCCAGACAGAACCAAAGAGGAUCCGAGUAAAUCUGGACUGUAACAGAGGAGAGCUGUCGUUCUCUGAUCCUGAUACUAACACACUCAUACACUCCUUCACACACACUUUCACUGACGGGAUGGUUCCAUACUUUUUUACUGAGUCUCCACUGCAGAUUCUCCCAGAGAAGAUCUCUGUGAGCGUGGAACCAAACUCAACAAACAUGAUGUUAUGAUGGCA